AGGAAACAGCUGUUAACGAAAGUAUGGAUAAACGAUCUCCCUGAAGUACACCUUCCCGCAAGAUUGCACACACCACGAUGAGGUGGCUUUUCUUGUUGGUUUGUGUGUUAACAUUAACUGUCCUUGCUUACGGAAACACGUCAACAGACACAGGUUGUCCUGAAGGCAAAAAAGAAGGCGAUAUAUGGACAACCCAUGGCGAAACGGAAUGUGAGACAUGCAGGUGUGAAGAAGCCCUCACGGUCUGCAAAGAUUGUCUGGAAAUGCUAGACCCCUACAGUUUGAUCCCAGGGUGCUACCUCAAGGAGACCCAAGUCAAAGAUGGCGAAUACCCCUCGUGCUGUAAGAUGGACCGAAACAUCUGUCCCGACGACAAGGACUUCAAGCAGUCUGAACUGGAGGCGUUUCAGAGCCAGCAGAUGGUAGACAUUGCCCAACAGGAGGAAGAAGAAGUAGACGGUGACUUGCUGGGGACAAUGCAGCGUGACUUGUAAUUGAAACCUUCAAGAAAAGUUAACUUGAUUGAAUUCAUGUAUUGAUUUUUAUAGAAGUGAAUAUUAAAACGCAGUGGCAAUGUA